UGCUACUUCCUCUAGAACUACAUAAACACUGUCAACAUGAAAACACUGGUCUUGUCCUUAUUGGUGGCUGUGGCUGUGGCUGAGAGACCGCCUCUCUCCUACGACGCCCCUGCACCCCACACAUCCUCGCCCGUUCAGCAGAUCCCCAUCAUCCGCGACGAGCGAGUCCAUCCUGCCGCUGACGGCACUUACAGCUUUGACAUUGAAACUGGGGAUGGCAUCGUCAGGAGCGAGUCUGGUGGUCCAGGUGGUGUUCAACAGGGAACCCUUCACCUUCCCAGAUGGUCAAGUUUUCGAUCUCCGUUCGUCGCUAACGCUAAUGGUUACCAACCUCAGUCGCCCUUCCUGCCCGUCGCCCCUGCAUUCCCCCACCCAAUCCCCGCCCACGCCCUCGAGCAGAUCGAGCGUGGCCGACUUGAACUCGAGGCUCGCGCCCGCGAAGAGCAACGUCAGUCAUCUAGCCAGGGACAAGCCAACCCUUCUCGCCACUACGGUCAACCUCAAUCGAACGUGGCCGACUUGAACUCGAGGCUCGCGCCCGCGAAGAACAACGUCAGACAUCAAGCCAUGGACAGGCCAACCCUUCUCGCCAGUACGGUCAACCUCAGUAAAGUGGCCUUCUGCUGA